CAGCAUUGCCACCGGGGUACCACUACUACAACCGUCCUCGGAGGCGGUCGCACGACCACAAUUCAACGACGGAAGCCAGCGGAACAACGGCUGCCGCACCGCGAACGCGACGACCGUGAUCGCCUUACUAACUUGGUGACUUGGUCAUGCAGUGAGAGCGUCUACCGCGGUCAAAGGCAUCCUCUCAAGGAGGAUUGCUUACGCAAUUGGUUUGUUCACGCGAUCGCCUAUACAUAAACUCACUGUUAUCCGGUACAGAAACGGGGGGGGUUGUUGUGAACACUCGAUGCCAGAGGUAAAGAACCAGCAGUGCACAGGUACCGAAACGCGAUGGUGCGGUGAGUCGAGAGUAUUCUCAUUUAUACGGUGGGUUCGAUGGUUUCGCCGCGGGUGGUAAAUCGUCGGUAGUUACAAGAAUUAUUCACCUGGAUUCAGACUCGAAGCAGUCUUUCGACACUUCUGACUCGAUAGUGAACGAACGGACAAUUGGUACCCCUACGGCAAGAUGUUUACCUCAUUGGACCUUCUCACAAGAUUAUUGUGGAUGUGACAAGUAUCUCGUUAUGAUUGCGUAAUUCGUUACGAACCGUUAUCGAAAACGGAGAGUUCAGGUUUAGUUUCAGACACCGACGGGACUCCAAAGUUAUUUGCUUACAGUGCGGUAAUGAAAUCCGAUUUCGAAGGACAAAUAAAUAAUCACACGCGUAACAGAAUAUUUUUAAAUUAUUCGUGAAAAGAAUAUGUUUGCCGUUUAUAAACAUGUAACUAUUAAAAUAGAUGUAAAAAUAAAAGUUAACUUAAAAAAAUAAUAAUCACUGUAAUGGCAACUAAUCAUUACGCAUUUAGGCUACUUUUUCGCGAUGAAGUGCACGAAUCAUCGAAUGUAUCGUGAAAAUAUAAUAAUUAUUUGAUAUUUACAUAUAAUUAUCAUACGUUCAACGAAUAAAAUCUAGCAAAUUUAAAAAAAAUUGCAAACAGUUUUUAAACCCGUGGCUUAAGAAAUGUUACAAUUUUAUUGGAGUAAGCCUCGAUGAAUGGAAAUGGAGUCGGGCAUCGACAUGAAUGAAACGCGCGUGAUUAAACAACCGUCGCGACGACUUCAACGUGUGAAUAACGGAUGCUUACCUUCGUCAUCAGUUAUUCAUCCGGUCGGUCUAUAAGAUAUAUCGCGAUCGUAUUGUAAUUUGCCGAAUGGUAAAAGCGGGAAAGUAAAUUCCCGUAAGAACGUUAGUCGCGAUCUUCAGACUAAGAUAAGUUUUCACGUUCCUACUUGCUGGAAAAUCCAGAGACAAAAAUGUAUGGACGAUAGACAUACGUAAGAGAUGAAAAAUAUAAUAAAAUAAACAAAUAUUAGAGACUCCAAGGGAAUUUUUCGAACUUGGUUGAUGUAGACAAAUGUAAGUUGCGCGGCAACUCACACGUUGUCAACGUUUCACUUAAGUUUAGACUACAAUCGAGGUAGUUUAUAAGUUAGUUUAUAAUUCGAGAGUUUAUAAGCGGUUGUUGAAGCAACUUUGAAAAAAAAAACAUCGCGGAAGAAGCCUGCGUCUUUGAAAAUUUCUCACACUCGGGAUCAGCGAAUGAGUACGGAAUUCUGUCUCCUAUCCGACACCUGGGUUCGUGAGAGGCACGUAGCCACCAACCAAGGAUGUCGGAUAGUUCAGAUCAGCUGUCAUCACCGAACAGCGAUUGCAAUAGCCAAAUGGGCGUCGUGCAUCGCAAUGCAACCGCGCAAUACAGCAACGCGUCGUCGAUGUCCGGCCUCGGACUGACUCAUCAUUCUUCAAAUCUAACGCCGUCGUCGAAUGGAAGUCCCCAGUAUUCGCAGGAGCUUUCUUCCUGCAAUUCUACCAGCGUAAACGCUAACAUCGGGAGCAUCGGCGGUCUCUCCCUUAGCAGCAGUACCAAUAACUUCACGCCCGAGCAGAUAUCCUGUAUGUGCGAGGCGUUGUCGCAAAGCCAGGACAUUGAGAAACUGUCCAGAUUUCUUUGGUCUUUACCGCCCGGAGAACUGUUGCGUGGAAGUGAGAGCGUCCUAAUGGCGCGUGCCGCCGUUGCCUUUCACCGCGGAGCUUAUCACGAACUCUACUCGAUCCUAGAGAGCCAUCCUUUUUCGCCGCGUCGACAUCCCGAACUCCAACAAAUGUGGUUUAAAUCGCAUUAUCGCGAAGCUGAGAAAAUCCGGGGACGACCAUUGGGGGCCGUGGAUAAAUAUCGGCUACGUAAAAAGUAUCCACUACCGAAAACAAUUUGGGAUGGCGAAGAGACCGUGUACUGCUUCAAGGAACGAUCGAGGAACGCUUUGAAGGAAUGCUACAUGAGGAAUCGAUAUCCUACGCCGGACGAGAAGAAAAAUCUUGCAAAGAAAACUGGCUUGACGCUGACUCAGGUGUCCAAUUGGUUUAAGAAUCGCCGACAACGAGAUCGCACACCGCAAACGAGAACAGACAUGCUGCCACUGAAUUGUCAAGGCACGACCAACAGUACAAUCAGCAGUUCAGUGAGCAAUGGCGGCAGCAUCCAAUCUCUGCAGAGCAUUGAUUCCGAUAGCCCUAAUCUCGCUAUGUCACCUUUAUCAACUAUGGGUAUGUCACCGGUCACUAUGAAUCCGUGCAGUCCAAUGGGCAUGAGUCCCAUGGGUCCUCAUCACAGCUAUGCCACUCCCGUUACCCCGGCAUCUGUUCAUACCGCACAUCCCCAUAACGGCGGACUGAGUCCAAUGAACGAUGUCAAAAGUCUGUGUUAUGGACGCAGUGUGUACGACACAGGUAAAGAUGUGGAGCAGAGCUCGGUUUAUUACUCCAGCCAUUCCAGUAUGCACCACCAGUAUUAUCAGCAGACUCAUCAUCAGAUGAUGUCUAGCUCCCAUCACCAUCACCACCAUCAACAAAGUGUGCCAGCCGGCUACGAGAUCAUGCUACCACCACCUUCCAUGUGACUGUCGGACUACGAGGAUGACCGAAGUAAUCAAGGUCUUCACGGCCAGAGCGACGACGUGGCGACACGUGUGCACGCCUUCGCCUGAUCUCUCCGCUUCUUCUUUCGUCUCGAUUCCAAUCGUACGCAAUAAAAACCGGCAUGUCCGUGUGCGAAAUAAUUAUUUUACAAAGCAGGCGAUAAAAAUAUCGUUUCUACUUUUUACCGGAAAAAAAUGUUUACGCGAAAAGAUACAAAAUCUUUUUUUACGCGCAUCACGUGAAGAAUAUAUUUUGACGCGACAUUUAAACGAAUGUAAGUUUUCUCAAUUCUAUGCAAAAAAAAACUCGAAGAAUUUAAGAGCUGAUACUCAAGUGAUUUUAAAAGAUUGGAUAAUACACUCGAUGACUUUUUAGUUGCAACUUUUCAACUAAUUUUUAUGGCCAUUGAUGCAAUAACCAAAAUAAGAAAAAAUAUAAUUUGUAUCGAAUACAUAUUCAAUGAAAGGUAAAAAAUUAAUUUUAUUAAUUUCAUUAUUUAAUAUUGAUAUUAAUUAAAUUUAUUAAU